GAUCCAACAAGCCACUUCCUGAUACACCUGUUUGUCAGGUAACGUGAGGAUACUCAGCCCGCAGUCUGCUGGCGCAACGGAGACACUGAGUCAUGACAAAAUAGAUAAUGGACGGGAUUUUUCCGAGGCUUUGACGCAACUUCGGCUCUUUUUGUUUGUUAUCGUCAUGCAAGUGAACCCGUUUUCUCAACUUAAAAUGCGUCUUCCGCGUCAAGGGAAUACCGCUCUGAAUGGCGUUUUGUUGCUGUAUUUGUUCGGCAUUUUCGCCCCUUCCCUAGUUUCCUCCAUCACUGUGAGUACACCAGCAGAGCUCCAUGCAUCUAAAGGGGAUGCCGUCACUUUGUCCUGCACUUACACUUCCACCAAUAGACCGACCAGUAAGAUGACUGUCGACUGGUCUUAUAGGCCCCAGAGUGGAGGGCCGCCAACGACAUUUUUCCACUUCUCCUCACGGGCGUUCCCUCCGCUUGACGGUCAGUUUACUGGUCGUAUCCUCUGGCAGGGAAUACCGGCGCGCGGGGAAGCCUCCAUCUCCCUGAUCAACGCCACGUUGACUGAUAAUGGGACCUACACGUGCUCCGUCAGAAACCCCCCUGACGUCCACGGGUCUCCGACUUCACACACUGUGCUCACUGUCACACCAAAAGUGCUCAGGAUUCGCUUCUCAGAUGUUGCGGUCCUCCUAGCUUUCAUCCUUCUCCCCUCCGCUCUCAUCACCCUCAUUCUGAUUGCCCGAAUGUUCUGUCCCAAGAAACAGCGCAGCCAAUCGAAGGGCUACAGAUCGCCCAUAGAGGUCACCGAGGGAGAGGAGUAUGGCAUCCACCCACCAGCCAAAGAGAAGAAGGCCUCAUGCUGUGACCUAUAUCUGCUGGACUCGGAGGAUGACAAUGUCUAUGACGACCUAAAAAAGAGGCCUCCUUCGGAUGAUGGCUAUGCUGAGUCUCAGUGCUAGAGAACCCUGCUGGUUGGGACAUGUGACCGUGACAUCUAACCUACUGGUGCCUUAUGGGAAGUGCUGAAUGCAAAUGAAAGUUGGAUUCAUGUCUUGUUUGCCAGUCAAACACUCACCAAGUCCCUUUGGUGAUGUUGACUUUUUGUGGUGACCCCCUUUGGAAUGAUACUUGUCUGAAUGAUGCAUCUCUUUAUAUCAACACUAUAAAUGAUGUCAAUAAUUUGUUCUACUUGUUGCCCUACAAGCUCCUCAUCUUUAAUUUCAAGGCCAAGCCAGAGGGCUGCAAUCCUAAAUUUAAGAGCUUGUAGUCUUGAUGAGAUAUUAUUAGUUUAUUGUGUCUGUACAGGUAAGCGGACGGUAUUAGCUUCAAACUGACCCUGUCCCUGCAAACACAAACGCACACACGGGAGCACUAAUAUAUUAUUUUUUUAUGUGUCACUUUCUUAUUGUGAAAUAGAUGGAUGCGUUUUGUCUAAUUUAUUGACUGUCUCAGUGCAGCUGUAUGUAAUCUGCCGAUGAAUUGUUGAGCUGCAGGGUGAACAUUUCUAUUAUAUCCUUUUAAUAUUUGGACAGAAAAUAAAUGGUUUGAUUUUGAAUGUCAA